UCUAAUAACAUGUCUGGACGCGGCAAAGGAGGAAAAGUUAAGGGAAAAGCAAAGUCCCGUUCGACUCGUGCUGGUCUCCAAUUCCCGGUAGGCCGUAUUCACCGUCUGCUCAGGAAGGGAAACUAUGCCGAGCGCGUUGGUGCCGGAGCUCCCGUCUAUCUGGCUGCCGUGAUGGAAUACUUGGCAGCUGAAGUGUUGGAAUUGGCAGGAAAUGCCGCCCGUGACAAUAAGAAGACCAGAAUCAUCCCCCGUCAUCUGCAAUUGGCCAUCCGCAAUGACGAAGAGUUGAACAAACUCUUGUCUGGUGUCACCAUUGCUCAGGGAGGUGUCCUGCCAAACAUCCAAGCCGUCCUUCUGCCCAAGAAGACCGAGAAAAAGGCCUAAAUAAUUUCCGCGCAAUGAACACA